ACAGCUGUCGUGCAUUCGUCAUGUCUGAUGGCAUUUUAUGGUUAAAGGUUCGCUGAAAUUCACGAUAGUUUGAAUGAUAUGUAGUAAUCAUUUUACAUUGGAUUAUAUUCUAUAGUUGCUAAAUGUAUGCUAAUUCAUCAUAUUUUGGAAAUAAUUUUCCAAAUUUGUUGUUGUCGAGAUUUGUCAAAUGAUUUUUUAGCAAUAACGUGAAAAAAUAUACUAUGAAUUAAAAUAUAUUUGUCAUACAAGCUCCUCUGUGAGCAUUAGAACUAUAGGACUACUUUGAACAAAUGCUUCCUUGAAAAAAGGCUAUACAAUGUUUUCUGCUAUUAAGAGGUUAGCUGGCAAAUCUGAAGCUAUUGGCAAUGUAUCUCCCAGACCAGCACAUCAGUCCAUGCCAACGAAUCUACAAAGAAAGUUUGCUAAAGGUGUACAAUACAACAUGAAAAUAAUAAUAAAGGGAGACAGAAAUGUAGGAAAGACAUGUUUAUUCUAUAGACUGCAGGGACAAAAGUUUAUUGAAGAAUAUAUACCCACAGAAGAGAUACAGGUGGCUAGUAUACAGUGGAAUUACAAAGCCACAGAUGAUGUGGUUAAGGUUGAGGUAUGGGAUGUCGUAGAUCGCGGUAGACGUCGUAGACGGCUAGAGGGCCUAAAAAUGGACAAUGUCCCAACUGCAGAAACUAAUGUUAUUGAGGAACCUGUGCUAGAUGCAGAGUUUUUGGAUGUUUACAAAAAUACUAAUGGUGUCAUCAUCGUUAUGGAUAUCACCAAGAGCUGGACGUUUGAUUACGUUCAAAGAGAACUGCCGAAAAUACCUAACCACAUACCUGUUAUAGUUCUGGGUAAUCAUUGUGAUAUGUCGCAUCAUAGAACUGUCACUGCAGACCAUGUGACAUAUUUUAUAGAUUCGUUGCAUGAAAGAACUGCUCAGGUGAGGUACGCAGAAUCGUCGAUGCGAAAUGGCUUUGGUCUUAAGUUGCUGCACAAGUUUUUCAAUUUACCGUUUUUGCAACUGCAGCGCGAGACGCUGCUGAAACAACUCACAACAAAUGAGGAAGAGACACGGCUGACCAUACAGGAGCUCGAUCUUUUUCAAGAUAGUGACGACGCGGAUUACGACAAGUUUUUGGACAAUCUUGUGAACCGGCGGAGGGCUCUUGCGGAUUCUGUAUCUGCAAGUAAUCUAGCCUCAAGUGUUAUUUCAUUGUCCAUGAGCAAUAAUCAUCUCACAUCAUCGACAGGAAAUAGUGCUAAUACCGCCGGAGAAGUCAGAAGAUCGGCCUCAAUGCCAGGCCCAAUCGGUGGUGGGAAUCCUAUUCCGAUAAAAAGUUUAGAGCUUAAGUCGAGCUUACCGAAGCAGGAGAACUCUACGGCGGGCGUAUUGGAUAAUUCAUCUGGUUCUGUGAAGUCUGCGUAUAUUAUAACGUCGACUUCCGCUACUCAAAAUAUUGCUCCUAACUUGCUAAUGGGAACAGCUAAAUCAACCGAGUCUGUAAACGAUAAUAGCGAGAGAAGAGAUUCGAUUAAUCGGCCACAAUCGCUCAUGUCAAAGAUUUUUGGUCACAAAAAAGAGGACGAGGCAGACAGGCUGCCGCAUAUCAAGAGUCUCAGCUUGAAUGCACCAUUGACAAGCGUGGAGGACUUUGUGCCAGAUGAUGGAAUGUUGGACAGAUCGUUUUUAGAAGACAACAAUCAGGUUUCGCCACAAAAGAUGCAGCAAGAGGAAAUAGAUUCGGAGAGUGACACGGAAACUGCGAAUCCUUUGGUAGCCGGUUACGAGGACGAUUUAUCCUCCAUUGAAGAGAUAGCAUCACCUGUUCAGCCAAAAUUAGCGGAAAAUCCACUCUUUAAGCAGAAGCAUAAACUGGAAACAUUAUCAGGUCCAGAGAAAAGCAUCGAGAAUGCACGAUCGGGCGGCAAGCGCGACUCAGUUUCCUCUAUAGAGCAAGAACUGCAUAUCUCUAAUAACUACGAAUCAAAUGAGCAACCGGACACAAAUUCGGACGCUUUUGACAGUUGGUUGCGACGCGAUUCCAAGUGGCGACAAAGUCCAGAGGGAGGAGAAGACGUGAGUAGCACUAGUACAAGAAAAGACAGACUGGAACUCAGCGAUAAAAGUCUGGAUGUCAGCGUGACAAGUUCUAACGUUCACCUGGAGUUGCUUGAUGAUACCAGCAUGCGCCAUGUAAGCUCGAAUGGCAGUAGUCCAGUGAUGAAGGAAAAAAAGAAGCACAGAGAUAAAGGAGACGAAAAGGAGAAAAAGAAAAAGAAAAAAUCAAAAGACAAAGAGAAAGAUAAGGAAAAGUUAGAGAAAACGGAAAAGAAAAAAAAACGCUCGAUACAUCGUUUGAGAGACGAGAACAAGAUACAAGAUGAGCUCGAGGAAUUUUUGAACGGCUCAGUAACGAGAAUCGGUGUUGAUGUCGCCUACGAAGCGAUAUAGCAUUCCAAAAGGAUUAUCAAAGUUACUAAUGUUUUUUAAUACGUUGACUGUCGCGCCAAGUUAUGUAAGCUAGUGCAUGAAUUUUGCGCUAUACCGAGCUGCGUUUUGUGAGCCAGCACAUGACUUUCAACUAUCAUUUAUAGCGCCGUGAGAUAAUUGACAGUUUACUCAGCAGUCAUCGUAUUAAAAAUCACGCAUCUUCCGAAACUUGCAAGACUUCCCUUGAUGUUAAUGCAUGUUAAGUUCUUGUAUGAAAAGACAAAAUUCUUAUUGGUGAGAAUGGAUUUUGCGAAGACGUAAACGUAAAGAUGUGUUGCGAAUCGCGCUAUUAGUGUGUACAAAAGAAUAUUUUGGUCUGUUCUUUUCAGCUGCACUGCUGAAUUGGUGCAAUAAGUUAAAGUGAGACAAGUAUAUGUUUUCUCACUCUAACUUAUUGCACCAGUUCAGCAGUACAGCUGAAAAGAACAGAUCAUUUGUUUACCAUAGACGCAUAAGCAUGUGACCUGUUAAUACCCUUCUGGAGAUUGCAACAUUUAUUUAAAUUCUACCUGCUAUGAUAAAGAUUACAAAGAUUUUACAGAAAAUAAUAAGUUUUAACAAUCAAAAAUACAUUAAUUUCUAUUGCAUUUCUGGUUUGUUGGAUUUCUUAUGACUUUCAAUGUAUAUUUGAAAAACUUGAAAAAUUUCCAUCACACAUAUGAAUUAAUGUUGUACGAGAUAUAUUUUUUAUGGUAUAUGUACAUACAUAUAUAUAUAAUAUAAUAAUUAUCGAAUUUUAAUAUUAAAAUUAUUUAUUAUACUUUAUUAUUUGUUCACAUAUAUUAUGUAAAAUUUAAUUGCGUACAUAUAUAUAUAUAUAUAUCUUUGAUAUCAUUUUAUGAAUCUUGUUUAUCUUAUUUAGUUGGGUUUAUACUCUGUCCAUAUCUAAUUCAUUUAUUAAAACAUUUAUCUGCCAGAAAACUGUUACAUUAUUUUUGUUUUUUUCAUAACAUUGUAUAGCAAUGUGCAAUAACAGUUUCACAUUAAUAAAUGUAUGUAAAAAGCAAACUCUGUUAUUACAAAGUAUUGUAACAUCCCAAUAUUGUAGUAGACUCGAUUAGAAUCCUCUCUCUUUUCUCUGGUUCCAAGCCUGCGUUUUUGGUCCUUUUAAAGUCAUUCUACAUUAGUUGUAAGUCGAUCGCAACUCUUGUUGCGACAGCCAAUCAGGUGUCAAUAGCACCACUAAUGUUUCUGAUUUGCUGUUGUAAUAAGAAUUGCGUCUGCUUGCAAUCGG